UUAUUUUUAGCCUCUUUUCCUGGUUUCUCAACUCAAAUUUCUCGAAAUUUUCGUACGAAGUUAGAAGAUUUGGGAUUGAAGGCCGGAUCGUUCUAUUGUGUUACUACAAUGGCUGCCAAUAGCUCACCUUCUGCCUUUGAAAAAGAACAGAUAUUUGGAAUGGCUGAAAAGGAGAUGGAAUAUAGGGUCGAAUUAUUCAACAAGAUGACCCAGACCUGUUUCAAAAAGUGUGUUGACGAAAGGUACAAGGAGUCUGAGCUAAAUAUGGGUGAAAAUAGUUGCGUUGACCGCUGUGUUUCUAAAUACUGGCAGGUGAAUAAUUUAAUUGGUCAGCUGCUUGGUUCUGGGAAGCCUCCGAUGUAAUCCAAGUCUACUGUGUUUUCUUUUGCGGUUAGCAACCUGCGACUGAGCUACAUGUAUGACAUUAAUUAGGAAACAUGCAAGGUUUUUAUUUUUGUCCAUGACUAU